CUCGUUUACCUAACUACCCAAAUCGCAAACAACUCUUUGUCGUCGUCGUGAUCCACCAGCGGUCUUCUUGCCUUUCUCAAUCACUCACUUCUGCCCAACUUCACAAAUACAGAUACUCCUAUCACACAAUCUUCAAAAUGGCGCCUGCUUUCCUUGCGAAGUUGAAGGCUAAGCUCAAGUCCGUCUUCUGCAAGAAGAAGACCGAGGAAGAGAACUCUGAAGCUGCUCCUGCUCCGGCUGCUACGGAGCCCCAGCCUGAUGCCCCCACUGAGACUCCUGCUGAAGGAGCGAAGCCAGAGCCGACUGAGCCUGCGACCUCCUCAGCUGCUCCGGUCCUGGAAUUGAACACGGGCGCCCCAGCUGCCGGACCUGACGCCGAAGCUCAUGCGGCAGAGAAGAAGGCCGAGGCUGCUGCUGAAGCUGCUGCUGCUGACAAGCCUGCCGAGACUGUUGGUCAGGCCAGAGCAUUGACUGCUAUCGAUUUCCUUGUGCUCUGUGGCUGA